UUUUGUUUCUAAAUACGGGACGAUUCCGUAUUUUAAGGGACGGUUGGCAACCCUACGCUGGAGCCACUAUCAGGGACAAACAGAGACUGCAGCGGAGACAUGAUUUAUGUCUUGGUUUUGCACCAAGACAGUCCAAGGGGGGAUUAUCGCUUGAGGAUUUAUUAUAAUGCACAGAGUCUACUUUCUUGGUCAUGUUAUCUGUGCUCCAUGGCUGUGUACUAGCUUGCUCAUCGCCAUUGUUUUGAAUCAAAGGCAAGGUUGUUUCAUUUCCACACAGUCCAUUUACCUCCACGUUUACUUCUAAGCAAUGAAUUUUUGUCUCCAGUACUGCAAUCUUCUGCAGGAGGCUGUGGUAGUCAUCUGUGGAGAGGGAAGGCAUCUUGUUGCUAGUUAGCCUAGCGGUUAGCACCUUUCCAGGCUAUUGAGGCUGUUCGGUGCCCAGACGCUGUAAUCAGGCUUCAGCUGUGUGUAGGCCACAGACACACGGAGCGCUGAAGAUAAGGUAACUAUAAAAAUGUUGCUGUUUCUGUUAAGAACAUUUUAGUCCUAAUGAUCUAUAAGUGUCCAGAAGCUAUCGCAGGUAAGCUCAUACGGAAAAAAGAGAAAAAAAAUCAGCAUAAAAAUCAAUAAAAAAUAAAAUCAAAAAUAAAUAUCAAUAAAAGAAGCACAGCAAAUCAAUAAAAGAAGCAAAGCAUUUAAAGAGCAAAGAGAGGAAGCGUCCACACUCACAAAAGGGGAGGAGUUACUGCACAAAAGGGGGAGGAGUUAUGACCAACAGAGCCCUGUUAGAUCUUUAAGAUAUGAUGUGGUCUGAUCAUUCAUGGCUUUCUGGUGUAUUCAGGCAGUAGAGUCCACAGUGUUCAGGCAAGGUAUCAUUUGCUGUCAGUACAAGUGUUCCACAAGUAUCACUUCUCACUUUUAUUUACCAUAUAAGCACUUUUAUCACUGCCACCCUAAACUCUGAUGAUACGAUUUCAUAUAUCACUAGCUCUUCCCUUGAUCUGGCCUUUUUUUUAACCAAAUAGAUCAUACACACAUUUAAAACAAGCACAAUAAAAGAGACAACAGUGCAACGGUUGGGAAAGGAAAAAGAUGAAAAAAAAUCCAAAAAGAAUAGAAUAAGUAUAUUACAACAUGGUCUUAGGUUCUAAGCAUGAUGAAAGAUACACUUAAUUGUUGUUAAGGUGACAUAGUUGAGGUAAAUUGCGCAAUCCUAUGCCCCCCAACAUUCCCCAAAAUGUUGCAUGGAGUGCUCUUUUGACCGCAUGUUGUCUGUUCACAGCAAAAUCUUCCAAAUGCAAGAACCACACGUCAAAUCAAGUCCAGGCCUUUUAUCUUAUGCCACGAGACCUCCGACGUGUUGAUAUGAAAACGACUAUGCACAUUUGGAGCAUGUCUCCACCAUGCCAACACCCGGCUGUGCACUCAGUCCCACACCACACCCUGACCCGGCUGGCACGGGAGUGGCUGGCAGAGGACACGCCAAACUUUGAUCCUGCAGGAGUGUGUGUGGGCUCACGGGAAGUGGAAGCAAGGUUGCUGUGUAAAACUCCACACAGCAUCCUAGCUGGGUGUCCUUUCUUCACAGCAGUGUUCACUGAAGUGGGCUGCACAGUGGACUGGAUUUACCAGGAAGGAGCUGAGAUCGGUGAAGAUGCUGUCACCCUGACGGCUGUGGUGAGGGGCCCGGCAAACUCCCUCCUCCUCGGGGAACGACCGGCUCUUAACUGCCUGGCACGGGCAUCGGGCAUUGCCACCCGCUGCUCUCAGCUCCAGGCUAUUGCAAAGGCACACGGCUGGCACGGGGAGGUGGCUGGCACGCGUAAGACUACUCCGGGCUUUCGUCUGGUGGAGAAAUAUGCCAUGUUGGUUGGCGGCGUGUCCAUGCACAGACAGGAUUUGAGUGGGAUGGUGAUGUUAAAGGACAAUCAUGUGUGGGCAUCGGGAAGUAUCACAGAGGCGGUGAAAGCUGCCCGCUCGGUGUGCGGCUUCAGCAGUAAGAUUGAGGUGGAGUGUCGCUCAGCAGAGGAGGGCAGGGAGGCAGCCAGAGCGGGAGCAGACGUCAUCAUGCUGGACAACUUUCAACCUCAGGAGCUCCGAGUCACAGCUCAGGCACUGAAGGAGGAGUUCUCUGCUCUUCUGAUAGAAGCCAGUGGAGGAGUCACGCCAGAAAACGUAGCUCUGUAUCUCUCCUCACAUGUGGACAUCGUUUCUCUGGGCUGCAUAACGCAGGGCUGCCCAGUGGUGGACUUUUCACUCAAGGUUCAAAAGCCUGAUGCUCGAUUAAACAGGGUGUUUAAUCAACCGCAAAUUGAUUGAUAAAAAAAUCACCAAUAAAACAUUUCUAAUAAUA